AAACAGAUUUUCGAAGUGGUUUGUAAGGUUUAUUGACCGUUGGAAAAGAAAAGACUUGCUUUCGUUUGACAGUUUUAUUAUCGACUGUACAUAAUUGUACGAAGGGAUUGGUAAUCCAACCUUUCCUGAAGGUUGAAGCUCGUAUUCUUUUAUAUUGGAUCGUGAGCCCGGUGAGGCGAUGGACGAGAUGGAUGAUAUACCACCAGGUCAACCAACGAUAUUGAUGAGAAUUACAAAAAUACUAGUUGACUAUGUAAAAAACAAGGCAUGGGAGAUGAUGGAUGAAUUAGAGUGGAUGGAGGACAAUUUGGAGCGGGAGUCGGAUGAAUUGAUCCUGAAGAAGUUGAAGAUGGAGGUAACAAAGAAACUGGAGCAGAAUUGUUGGUGUUUAUUUUCAUGGAGAAGAAACAUGACGAGGGAGCUGGAUUAUAGGCCUUUCUUUUUAUCGUCAAAUAAGCUGGGACUUAUUGAUGCAAUGGAUGAAUUAAAAAAGAUGGAGAAGAUGUUGGAUUUGGAGCAGGAGUCAGAUAAACUGAUGAUGGAGAAGAUUAAGAUGUUGAAAAUGGAGGUGAUGAAGGAACUGGUGAAGUACCUGGAUUAUUUCUCAUUUUUGCCAACAAACAAGGCAUUUCACGCAAUGGAUGAAUUGAAGACGAUGGAGAAGAUGUUGGAUUUGGAGCAGGAGUCAGAUAAACUGAUGAUGGAGGAGAUUAAGAUUUUGAAAAUGAAGGUGAUGAAGAGCCUGGUGAAGAACCUGGAUUAUUUCUCAUUAUUGCCAACAAACAAGGCAUUUCACGCAAUGGAUGAAUUGAAGACGAUGGAGAAGAUGUUGGAUUUGGAGCAGGAGUCAGAUAAACUGAUGAUGGAGGAGAUUAAGAUUUUGAAAAUGAAGGUGAUGAAGAGCCUGGUGAAGAACCUGGAUUAUUUCUCAUUAUUGCCAACAAACAAGGCAUUUCACGCAAUGGAUGAAUUGAAGACGAUGGAAAAGAUGUUGGAUUUGGAGCAGGAGUCAGAUAAACUGAUGAUGGAGGAGAUUAAGAUUUUGAAAAUGAAGGUGAUGAAGAGCCUGGUGAAGAACCUGGAUUAUUUCUCAUUAUUGAAGUUUUCGUCGUCUUGGGGGAUUGAGGAUUUGCUUGAAUGGGAUUUGAUAGUAAAGCGUCAGUUGGUGGAGAACAUGAUCUUAACGACAAAGCAAAAAUUGAGGUGUGAAAAAAGAAAGGCUUUAUUAACAAAGAACAGUGUGUAUUCCAAGAAAGGUUGUAGCUACUCGGAGACAUGUUUAUCCAAGAAGAAGACGUAUUCCAAACUGAAUUGUGGCUAUUCUGACGUGUUUUUAUCAACAGAUGACAAUGCGUGCUCAGAGCGAGUUUGUAAUUUUCAAUACAAAGUAAAAGAUAUUUCUCAAGGUGAACUACCAAAUUUGGAUACUCUUUAUGGCUACCUAUUUAGUGAUACUGAAAAUCCUUCAGUUCAAAACAACAUUGCAGCCCAAGAGAAUCCACUUUUUGACGGAUUGUCAACUCUCAUUGAGAACGUCGAGGUUGAAACGGCAGAUUUUUUAGCUGAAAACAACGACGCAGAACAAAAAUUGCUAGAAGAAAUUCUACACGAACUUUUUUGUUUCAUCUGUGGAAGAAAGAAUACUUCCUGUGUUUUCAAAUGGAGCUUCAUCUGUGGGAGAAAGACUUCCUGUGUCUUCAAGUGGAGCUUUAUCCGUGGAAGAAAGAAUACAUCCUGUGUCUUCAAGUGGAGCUUCAUCUGUGGGAGAAAGAAUACAUCAUGUGUCUUCAAGUGGAGCUUCAUCUGUGGGAGAAAGAAUACUUCCUGUGUUUUCAAAUGGAGCUUCAUCUGUGGGAGAAAGAAUACAUCCUGUGUCUUCAAGUGGAGCUUCAUCUGUGGAAGAAAGAAUACAUCCUGUGUCUUCAAGUGGAGUUUCAUCUGUGGGAGAAAGAAUACAUCCUGUGUCUUCAAGUGGAGUUUCAUCUGUGGGAAAAGAAUACAUCCUGUGUCUUCAAGUGGAGUUUCAUCUGUGGGAGAAAGAAUACCUCCUGUGUCUUCAGUGGAGUUUCAUCUGUGGAGAAAGAAUACAUCCUGUGUCUUCAAGUGGAGUUUCAUCUGUGGGAGAAAGAAUACAUCCUGUGUCUUCAAGUGGAGUUUCAUCUGUGGGAGAAAGAAUACAUCCUGUGUCUUCAAGUGGAGUUUCAUCUGUGGGAAAGAAUACAUCCUGUGUCUUCAAGUUUAUCUGUGGAAGAAAGAAUACGUCCUGAAAUUCAUCAAAUGGAGCUUCAUCAAAUGGAGCUUCAUCUGUGGGAGAAAGACUUCCUGUGUCUUCAAAUGGAGCUUCAUCAAAUGGAGCUUCAUCUGUGGGAGAAAGAACAUUUCCUGUGUCGUCAAGUGGAGCUUCAUCAAAUGGAGUUUCAUCUGUGGAAGAAAGAAUACAUCCUGUGUCGUCAAGUGGAGCUUCAUCAGCGGAAGAAAGACUUUCUGUGUCCUCAAAUGGAGCUUCAUCUUUGGCACAAUCCCAUGA